AAUCUAAAAUUAAUAAUGAUUCAACAAAUCCAUCAAGGAGAAAAAAGCAAAAUUUAUUAAAAAGAAAUAAUCAAAAAGAUGUUAUCUUAUUAGAAAAUAAACAUAAAGAAAGAAAUAAUAAGUUACUUAAACUGAAAAUUAAAGAAAGAAAAGUUGCUUUAAAAGAAUGUUCUAUUAAAGUAAAAAUUGCUAAAGCAGAA